AUGUCGUCCACGGUGAGAGUAAAGGCUGCAAAGCCGAAUCGUGUCGUCAAACCGAAGAAGAACACGAAACGAUCGACGCCAUCCUCCCGAAAUUUCCGCUUCCAGUCCUUCACCGAACGAAUCACGAAUCUCAAAAUCGAUCCCAUCCGGAGGAAGAAGCAUGUUGAUGGACAAGAGACGGCGACGGAGAAUACACAUACGCACUUUGGCAAUUCGUUAGCAGAAUGGAGAGAUACCAACCUUUCGCAGACCUUCACGGACUUUGCGAAAGAAGCAUCGCCAUUAUGCGACAACCUGCCCAUGGUCUUGUACAAUGAGGGAAAGAUUAUGGACUUGUUGGCCAUUUACCUCGAGAAGGGAGAUACGCUUGCCAUGGAGCCAUUGCUGAACCUUCUAUCCCAAUUCGCGCAUGACCUGGACACUCGAUUCGAGAACCACUUCCAACGUGCGGUGGCUACGGUCGCCGCAGUCGCUGCGAAGCACCCAGAUUUUGCUGUAAUCGAAUGGAGCUUUACUUGCCUUGCGUGGCUAUUCAAGUACCUUUCUCGAUUACUGACACCGGACUUGCGUCCUCUGUACGACCUUCUGGCCCCAUACUUGGGCAAAGACAACCAGAAGCCUUUCAUCGUUCGCUUCACCGCAGAAGCGCUGAGCUUCUUGGUUCGUAAAGCUGCUGCGGUGUACGAGAGGGACCAGGAGCCUUUGGAUUUGGUCAUGGCGCAUAUGUUGAAGGACUGUAGAGCGGCGAAUGGCAGUCCUUCGGCGGAUCUGCUUCAACAGGGUACGAUGACCUUGCUCACGGAAGCCGUGAAAGGUGUCCAGCACGGGAUCCAUACCAGUGGCGUCCCGGUCAUGAAGAGCCUGCUUAAGUACGCAGAACAAGAGUUGGACAGCGAGGACUUGGUCAUGGACAAUGUUGUAUCUGGGGUGCUAACCAGUCUGAUACAUCAUUGUAUGUCUGGAUCUUUUCAAACGAUACUGGAUGUUGUGCUCGCGCAUAUCGAAAGCAAAGCCACACAAUCUUCCAAAGUGGAGGAAAUCCGAUUCCGCAGCAGACUCUUGUUCACCGCAAUUUCUGUGCGGAAAGGGUCUCGAAUAUCCGACUGGAAAGCCAUCAUGGUCUGCGUGGAGACCUUGAUCAAACUGUGUGAGACCACGCCGGAAUUGGAGAACUCCGCAGCCUCCGCAGUGCUGGCGUUGCUCGGUGUGACUCUCCAAACAGCGACUGUCGAUGCCAUUCUCGCGCGUCGACAUAUUCUUGAUACACUGCGAACGUCCCGAUGGGCACCGUAUUUCCUACAAUUCUGCGACAUGACUUCAAGGCUCGGUGAUGAAAGAUUUGACAGUUUCGUGUUGCCACAACUGCAGAAAUUUGUGCAAGAGGAUAGCACGGGCAGCCGCUCCGAGCUGUUUGUACUUUUACCUCGACUGGCCAAAGGCAAAACGAAUCUGCGGCUGAAGUGCCCUGCGAAAGUCAUCCAAGGAAUUGUCGAGGAUGUGUCAAAUUCUGUCCAUUCUGACGGAACACCUGUCACAGAGGCCGCUCUGGCUCAAGCAAACACGGCGCUGUCCGCGCUACCUUUCUUGGUCAUCAGCAAAGACAUCGCGAGGAAGCUGGAGAGCAUGCUACUUCAAUUGGUCCUCAAGGGUGUGGAGGCCGACAAUCCGGCACGAGACUUCGCCCUCGGUCCAGCCUUUCAAUACUUUCUCGAGCUGAACGAAGAGAUUGGCGAUGCGGAAGGUCUAUGGGUCCCUCUUUGUCAGGCGACUCCAGAAUUUGUUGCGCUGCCAAAGUUCUGGUCGAACAUGAACCGCUUCAUCGGCAAGAGCCAGUCGAUGCUCCUGCAAGGGCCACAUAUGGACACUCUUGAAGACUCUUUGAUCUCGUGUCUAUCUUCAUCCUCGCAUUCGAUCAGACAGGAUGCGUUGGAUAUCCUGCAGAAGAUCUACCAACGGCGUGGUACCACGGAACCGGAGGCUCUUGCGGCAGCAAUCACAAUUGAAUCAACACCGGCGUCCCUUGACACAAGUCGUUCCAUUUCGAUGAACGUACGACGACUGGCAUCGGAGUACGCCAAGAUGACAGAGGACGAUCUCAUGGCGAGAGCAGUGCCGGCGUAUUGCUUCGGGCUGUUGCACAUCAAUCUCUCCCAAGCUUGGGACGACGCUAGCGAAGCGUUAGCGGGAAUCUGCCGGAGCAAAAAGGGCGAAGAUGCUGUCAUGGCUGCGACACAAUCAUGGAUUGAUGGCCAGAGCAAGUCUGACGGCGACGAAACGCAGCAGUCCGCAAUCGUUGACGUCAACACCGAUGGGUUCAAAGUCUUCUCAGACUUCGAGUGUCCGAAUCUCGCAAAGCUGUCCGCCAUCUGGAAGCAGGUGUUUGAGGAGCCCUCUAGCGGUCUACCCACUCCUUCGAAGCAGCUGUCGAUCGAUUCCAGACGUGUCCCGCUCAUAUCACCCAAUGCGAGGAGCCAGGCGUUGAGAGUCUUGCACAAGAUUCCUCAUAUUGCCGAGAAACGCUCUCGUAUGCUAGUGCCGGUUUUGUUAAAAUGGGCUGGCACGAAUGUCGACGGCGAGACUGAUGAGCAGCCGACCACCGACCGGUGGGCCCGCAAGGACCAAAAAGCAAUGCUGGCAAUAUUCGCUCAAUUUGUGAAUCCUUCGGUGCUGUUCAGGUCAAGCGAAGUGCACGAUGCUCUGCUAGAGUUGUGCGCCAAUGGAGAUGUUGAGAUCCAACAGUCGGCCCUGAAAGCGAUCCUCUCGUGGAAAGAGCCAUCGGUCGUUCGAUACAAGGAGCACCUAAACAAUCUCCUGGACGAGGUCCGCUUCCGCGAAGAGCUCUCAGUGUUCUUGAGGGACGGCUCAAGCGAAGACGAAGAAGAAGCUAUCCGCCAGGAAGAUCAUGCUCAUCUCAUGCCGGUGCUACUCAGACUGCUUUACGGCAGAGCUGUUGCCGGAGGCAAAGAAGGACAAGCUGGUAGGAGAAAGGCAAUCUUUGUUGCCUUGUCUCGCUUUGGUGGAGACACUCUGGAGCAGUUCCUCGACAUCGCACUGGGAUCCGCCAUUGAUAUGAGCAAGGUCGACCUCGCGAGUUCCACCAAGCUGACUGCGCCUCUCAGACAGCAGCUGGGUAUGAUGUACAUGAUGAACGACAUGCUACAGGUACUCGGCGCAGAACUCGAGCCUUUUGUCCCGAAGCUCAUCACCGGUAUCUUGAUAUGUACCGUGAGUGCCUCGAACGCUAUCCAGCAGAGCAUCGCAGACGAUACUGGAGCAGACAUGGCUCUUGAGCGUUCGAUCAGACAGACCGGAAUACAAUGCUUGGUGAAGAUUUUCUCUACCAUGGCAGACUUCGAUCCGACGCGAUACGGCGAGCUUAUCGUGGAGAAGCUGGUCACCCCACGUUUAGACACAUUUGCGAAUGAGAAUGCGCAGUCAAUUUCGGGCACCCUUCGCUUGGUCUCCGCAUGGUCGAAGCAGGAUUCGACGGCAGCAUUGUUGACGGGAAGAGGGAGUGUCAUACUCGAGCGGGUAGCAGAGCUAUUACACGGACAACACACCAAAGACGAAGUACGUCUGUUCGUCUUGCAAGAGAUUCUGGACAGCCUGGUUGAUGAGACCAUUGCCGAAUCUGUCCUCCAACCAACCGUGUCAAAUUUUGUGAAAGCGAUUGGCCUUGUCAUUGAACAGCAGCCUUCCAAGGACGUGCUCGAUGCAUGCGUCAAGUCGUUCUCCAAGCUUGCGGAGCUGAUCACGUCCAAGGACGAAGCAAUCGAUGUCACCAGAAUUUGUACCGACUUGUUGAAGAAGCCUGGUAAUUCUGUAUCACCUUGGAUCAAGACCGGCCUCCUGCAGACGAUCCUGCCUCUGAUCAGUCGUUUCGAUAUCUCUGCCAAAGACAGCCUUUACGAUGCACUCUGCGCCUUGUUCUCGCGCCUGCGCAGCGCCGACGGUCGAAUUCUGCUUGCCAAAGUACUGGCGACGUUGGUCCGUGACGAUUCCGCCCUAUCUGACUCUGCCAAUAUUUGCGACGACAUGAAUGCCAUGGGCACCAGGCUCGACGAGCCAGACCAUGACCGUCGCGAGCGAGCUUUUGCACGGAUAUAUGAAAGCUUCAAGGACUUCACGCUUGAACAGUGGCUGCCGAUCGUGCACAACUGUCUGUACUAUAUCAGAGAUGGGGAGGAUCGUGUCAACAGAACGAGCUCAUCGCAUGCGUUGCAGUUGUUCAUCGACGCAGCUGCAGAAGUGUCAGACAACGCUGCCUGGCUGGCAUUCAUGGAGAGUGCGGUCCUUUCUGGCAUUGAACGCGGCAUGGGCGAUCCGUCGGAACUGGUUAGAGCAGAAUAUCUGCUUGUACUAGGUCAUCUUGUGGAGAAGCUCACAACGUGGCAAAAGGUCAGUGGCAUGCAGGGACUUCUUGUGGGUGGAGAUGAAGAGGCUUCCAUAUUCGGCAAUGUGCUGCACAUCCAGCAGCAUCGCAGACUGCGAGCUCUGCGUCGACUCUCAGAGGAAGCGUCGGGUCUAGGGUCGACCAAUGCAUCGCGAAUCUUCUUCCCACUUCUGGAGCACUUCGUUUUCGACCAGAUUGAGGGAGAUGCGGGCAGGACAUUGGCAGAUCAGUCAGUUCAGACUAUUGGGGCUCUCUCCAAGGCUUUGAACAAGAACGCAUAUCGAGCGACGUUUCAGAGGUACACAGGUUACCUGAAGACCAGGACCGACUCGGAGAAGACAAUCUUGCGACUACUCGGAGCGAUGGUAGAUGGCGUUGAGAGAUCACCACCUUCACCAGCGAAUAGCAAGGCCAUCAUUGGAGAGCAGCUACCUCCACUCCUGGAAUAUCUGCACAAGAAAGACGAGUCCACGGUCGACCGACGUAUGCCCGUCGCGGUGACGAUUGUGAAGCUGAUGCUCGGUUUGACCGACGAAGAAUUUGCGGCUCGUCUGCCUGCUGUAUUGACCGAUGUCUCGCAUGUUCUCAGAAGCAAGAGUCAAGAGGCUAGAGACCAGACACGGAAAGCGUUGACCUCGAUCUCCUCAUUGGUUGGAUCCUCGUAUUUUGGGUUCAUCUUGAAAGAGCUCCGGAGUGCCUUGCAGCGAGGACCCCAGUUGCAUGUGCUUUCGUACACAGUGCACUCUCUUUUGGUCGAUGGCAGCUUCGAGCCGGGUGAUCUCGAUGAGUGCCUUCCCGCAUUGAUGAGGGUAAUCAUGGAUGACAUAUUCGGCGAGACUGGUCAAGAGAAAGAUGCGGAAGAAUACAAGAGCGGUAUGAAGGAAGUUAAGAGCAGCAAGAGCUUUGAUACUAUGGAGUUGCUUGCUCGUGCUACCCCAGUGAACAAACUCGGCGAGCUGGUGCGACCCAUCCGUCAGUUCUUGUCCGAGAAGCUCGACAUGAAGAUGGUGAAGAAGAUCGAUGAGUUGCUUACCAGAUUGCGGAAGGGUCUCGACCAGAAUCCAGCGUCUGAGACGCGAGACAUGUUGAGCUUCUGCUGGCAAAUGGUGGAUCAAGUAAGAGCAGAAGAAGCUGCAAUAGCUCUCCCAGCACCUCAAGUCGACGAGCGCAGAAAGAGAUUCCUAGUGCAGCCAGAGGAGCCAAAGAAGUCAAAGACGAGAGGAGCGACUGCAUCUUAUCUGUUCAAGCUGACCAGCUUCUCCCUGAACCUGCUGCGCAAGGUUCUCCGACGACACGAGGACCUCCAAACGCCGCAGAAUUUGAAAGGUUUCCUUCCCAUGGCUGGCGAUGCUUUAGUUUUGGGUCAGGAAGAAGUCAAGGUCGCAUCUCUUCGUCUUCUCUCGACGAUCAUGCGAGUCCAGAUCCCCGAGCUGGAGGAGAACGCGCCAGUCUACGUCAAGGAGGCUGUCAAUCUGAUCAAAGGAUCAUCUGCCACCACGACGGACUCGUCCAAAGCGUCUUUAGAGCUGAUUACCUCUGUGCUUCGAGAGAAGCGAUCUGUCGUGGUCAAGGAAAAGGACAUGGCGCUGCUCUUGAAGCGCUUGAAGACCGACAUUGACGAGCCAGACAGGCAAGGUGUCGUCUACAAGUUCCUUCGUGCUGUACUGGGUCGCAAGAUUGUCAUCACCGAAGUGUACGAGGUUCUCGAUGAGGUCGGCAAAGCCAUGGUCAUCAACCCAGACAGGUCGAUCCGAGAAAGUGCCAGAAGUGCAUACUUGCAAUUCGUCAUGGAGUACCCACAAGGCAAAGAUCGCUGGCAGAAGCACACUGCUUUCCUGGUCGGAAACCUGGCGUACGAUCACGCAGCUGGACGGCAAAGCGUGAUGGAGUUCCUCCAUCAGAUGCUCAGCAAAGUCGGCGAGGACGUCCUCGCUGAGGUCAGCCCGAAGAUCUUCAACCGUCUGCAACCGCUUUCGAUCGGUGACGCUGAUGCGGCGUGUCGAGAUAUGGCCAAGUUACUCAUCGGCAAGCUAUUCGAGCGAGCAUCCGAGAAGACUCUAGCAGCAUUCCUGUCCAACAUGGAUGUCUGGCUUUGGGAGAACAAACCGACCGCAGUCAAGGCCGCCGCGCUUCAAGACUGGAGUAUCCUGCUGAGGACAAGGAAACUCAGCCAGAAGCAAGUCGAGGGAGUCUGCGACAAGCUGGAAGAAAUCGUCUCCGCCUCUGCCGAGGACGACGAAAUCGCCGAGCCACUCCUCGUAACCCACGCGCUCAAUGCCUUCUCCGUCAUCGUCGAGCACACCCCUGCAGUCGGUCUCGGUCGCACCUCAGAAGACAUGUGGCAAGCCCUACAGCAACUCCCCUCCUCCGCCGACCCUUCGAUCCAAGAAUCCGUCGCCACCCUCCUCGGCACAUUCUUCACCGAUGUCGCAAGCACCAGCUCCAAGACCUCCGACGGUCUUGCCGGCCUCCCACUCCGCGGAUCCGGUGGUCUGGAAGUCGGCGCGGAAGACAUGCGUCGCCUCUGCGGCACUAACCUCCGCGCUCUCCGCGCCAUCACCCUGCACACGCCCGAAGGUCUCGCGUCUCAAAUCGCCCGCAACAUUGUUUUCCUCGGACGGUGCUUCGCCGCGAACGAGAUGCCAUGGAAUGACAAGAGUGCCGAGUCUGCCGAAUCCUCCGAGGACGAAGAGCCAACUCUCACAACCCCUGCGCCCGACAAAUCUGCUCUAUCUUACCUCCUGCGCCGCCUCUCCACCCUCCUCCGCGCCGACAAAUUCUCUCUCGCCGCCCGCUCCACUUCUCUAUCAACCAUCUCCUCCCUCCUCCACCAACUCUCCUCCCCCUCCAUUCUACCUUCCCUUCCCUCCCUUCUCCGUCCACUCUACGCUCUCACCGAUCCCUCGGUACCGCAUCCGCCUGGGGACCUGUACAAGUCUCUCACCGACAAAGCCCACGAGGUACUAGAGGUCAUACAGAAGAAAGUCGGAAGUGAAGUGUAUGUUUCUGCGCUCGGGGUGGCGAGGAAUGAAGCCAAGGAGAGGAGGGAUGAGAGGAGGAAGAAGAGGAGGAUCGAGGCUGUUGCGCAGCCGGAACGGUGGGCGAAGGAGAAGAAGAGGCGAUAUGAGGUCAAGAGGGAGAGGGGGAAGAGGAAGGGCGAGGAGGAGAGGGGGAAGAGGAGAGGGUGGUAG